GUUUUUUUAUGUACUUUGGUAGAUGAGGUGAAGGUGAACAUCGACCAUCGUUAUCAACUUUUUCUGUUUUUCAUUCAAUUGGUCUUGAUCUGAAAUAUAAAAAUAAUUCUAUUUUUCGUAUUUCAUUAUUACGGAGGAAUCGUGUAGAUUAUACAGUGAAGUUGAAUGUGAUACUUUUGUUUAUGAGAAAUGCCGGAGAGAAAUUCAUUGUAUGAACAUGCCUGGAAAGUUUAUGAGCAACCGAACAGUGGUGAACCCGUUGCCGAAGAUGGAUACGUACCUCGUAAUAGAUAUGCGAAACCCAAUUUGUAUGGUAUCAUGCCAGACAUUACUGACACCAAUUACAAAGUUUUAAAUGAUCCAAUCUUGAUUAAAAAGAAGCAAGAAUUGCGAGCUGCUCUGAAGGAAGAAUAUAAGAAAAAUGCUUAUAAUCCGUAUAGGCAAGCAGCUGCCGCUGGCGGAGUUCCGUUUGAUUCCAAUGUGCAUCGUUAUAUCACCAUGUUGAGAACACAGACGAGUUUUUUCCGCCCUACAGUCAGAACUACAUUUCUUGGCGGAAUGAUGUAUUUCGGGUGCCCGAUGUUGCUAUAUUACUGGAUUAAAACUGCUAAGGAAAAGGAUGAAAAAGUGUACCGUUCUGGAGCAGUUGCUUAUGCGGAUAGACCAUACAAAUUUAUGAUUUAAUUGUCUUCGAAUUGAUGGAUAGUCUGUUAAAUUGUAUGAAAUUACUUAUCGUUAGUGUCCUGUGCAAAUGUUAACUCUACUUUAAAAAUGUUUAUAAAACUGUUUUGAUUUCUGA